UAUUCAGUCAAAACAGUAUUUGUGGAAUGGCGCUGCAUUUUAAGUUAUUUUCCCACCCUCUCCAGUUACAUUAUAGCACUGGCCCUGAAAAAUAUUUUUUAUUGGAGUGUUUGGAAUUGAAACUAUAGUGCGUGUGACUUUCAGCUCUAAUUGGGAAAUAAACUGACCCCUGACCAGACAUGAUGCUUAACGUAAGUCACAUUUUUACCAGGGAAAACUAUCAGAAAAAGCUCCACCACAGACGAUGUUAAAAAAUAUCCCUGUGGGACAAUGUAACAAAAGAUGGUGUAGUCCAUAUGAAUGAUUGGUAGUUUAACGUUGAAAAGCUGCAAUUUUUUUCUACUUCUGCAUGAUACCACGAUGUGAAGGUGGGAUCGAGUCAGACUGUCUGGAUGGAGAAACAAGGAGGGGCAGUAGCUCAGGGAGAGUUUGACAAAGGCAAACAGAGUCCAAAGAAACCAAAGGGUCAAGAAGAGUCAGCUAAUUCUGAAUCUCACAUUGUUGCUGCUGAGGAGGAAGACGGAAUCCCAAUUUCCACAUCAGGGCUACUGCAGGUGGUAGAGAGAAGGCAGCCUCUCAGCAGCGUCUCGUCUCUUGAGGUACACUUUGACCUCAUGGAUCUGACUGAACUCACAGACAUGUCUGAUCAGGAACUUGCAGAGGUGUUUGCCGAUUCUGAUGACGAGAAUCCAUCACGUGAUUCAUCUACAGAACUGAGCCAACCAUUGAUGUAUCCAAUCAUCUCAUGUGGAACACAUUUAAAAUCUCCUUCGUGGACAAGAGCCAAGAGUGAGCAGAGCAAGGACAGGAAGCACCCAAGUGAUCCAGAUGUUCCAUUGGAGAUGUCAGAUCAUUUUCACACAAUUGAAACACACAAAAAACACUAAGGACUAGAAUGGACCUUGCUUCAGCAAAAUGUGCAGUGCUGAAUAGUUCUGCUGCAUCAUUACUCUUCUCAAACAUUCUUCGGUUUGUCGCUAAAUUAAGUAGAUUUACACCAACUGUACCUGCAGUGAAUUACAUGAUAUCUAAGGUAUCAGUGAAGGAUUUUUACUCCAAGUCGCCAAAGCAUUGAAGAUUAAAGUAUCAACCAUUGCCUGUUUUUAUGCUUUUGGUACCAUGCAUGGGCCAUUACUGUAACCUUUUUAUUUCAAGUAAUUCAGUCAGACAGAUUUAUAAGUUCUGAGAAAAUCCAACUUGCAACAGAAAAGAAUUAGUGUGGUUUUAUAGAUUUGCAGGCAGUAGCAUUCAGUCCUUGUCUAACUAGCAUUUGUUUUUAAUUAGCUACUAUAGUGAUAAAAAUCUUAUAAAUUGUCCAUUUCACUUCAUUUCAGGCUUAGAUAAAAAAAUGUUGACAGUUUGCUAUAUGCUCUUCACAGCAAAAUUAAUGUGUGUGUAUAGGUAAUGAAUGCACAACAGGAAAAUUAUACCAGUAAAAAUGUAAAUAAGUAUGGAAUGUCUUGCCCAUGACAAUAUUGAAAGAAGGCUUCCACUAAAAGGAAAGUACCAAUGAAUGUCUGUUAUGCUUGGAAUAAAACACCAAGAAAAAAAAAGAGAUAUUCUGUAUAUUUUCCAGGGAACAUCUCUGAGCAGAAUUUCUGAACCAAACAAAGUGGAUCCCGAUAAGUCCUACUGAAGUUUUAUUAGCACUGAAAUUAUUAUUGUUAUAUAACAUAAAACCACCAUAAAUAACAUUGUUGGUUUUCCUUUUCCACACUGAAUUUAUUAUGAAAUAUUUAUAUUUUUCAAUGAAUUGUGCUC